GCGAGUCGUCGGCAGGAUAACCUUGAACUGAAACGCGUUAUUAAAUUACUCGAGUGCGAAAAGUAGUCCCCAUUUUCCCGUCACCGCGCUAACAAACCACAAUAGAGUUGAAAACGAUUCACGGGGAAAAGGAAGACUCGACAGGAAAUAUGUUGUCGCAAGAUCAAACUGUAGCAGAGAAGGUUCGCGAUUUCUAUACAGAAGUGGCCAAGAAGUGCGAGUUCACGACUAACGUGAACAACUACCACCUGUCUGAUGAACACAAGGAGCUCGUGAAGAAAGUCCACAAUGAAACCAUGCGCAGGUAUUACGGAUCUGGAUUCAUGAUUCCGGAAAAGAUCGAAGGUGUCCGGAUCCUCGACAUAGGCUGUGGUUCGGGCAGUUACGUCUUCAUCCUCAGUAAGCUGGUCGGAAAAGAUGGACACGUCGUCGGCAUUGACAUUAUUCCCGACCUGAUUCUUCUGUGCAAGGAAUACUCUCGCUAUCACUCGGAGAUGUGGGGUUACCUGGCGCCCAACUUUGAGUUUCUGUGCGGAAACGCGGAGACGAUGGCUCGGGAGUUUGAUUUUCUUCCCGGCAGUUUUGACGUCAUAGUAUCAAAUGGUGUGUUUUGUCUUCUUGGGGACAAGGCAAAAGUAUUUGCCGAAGCAUACAAGUUGCUGAAGGAAGGAGGUGAAUUUCUGCUCAGUGACGUUUAUGCAGAACAACCCGCUCCAGAAGACUGCAAAGAUGACUUGAAAAUGUGGAAUUUGGGUUUAACGGGAUCGCAAGUCUGGCCUCAGCUCGACUCUUUCGCUCAGGCGGCUGGAUUCACUCGUCCUUACUUGACAAUGGCAGGACCUAUUGACGUCAGUGAGGAAUACAAAACCAAAGUCCGAGGCGGUAGGUAUUGUAGUGCCGGAAACAGGCUCUUCAAGCUCCCAAAGGGGGCACACAGGGGCCCGGCGCAGGUUACUUACAAAGGAGAUAUCAAGGGUUGCGAGAAGACUCUGAAAUGGGAUGUCAGUUUAACCUUUGAAGCAGGGAAGCCCGUGGAUGUGGAUGCCGAAUUAGCAACAAUACUGUUCUACAGUCGCUUUAAGACAAGCUUCGACUUUAAGGACAUUCCAAGUGCAAAAUCCAACCGGGUUCAGAAUCCUUUCACGUACAUUGACGAGCAGACCAAGAAGGGCAACCCUGUCCCAUUCUCGUACAGAGUGGAGUAAUCUCCCCUGUUCUUCUACCUCCCAUGACGGACCAUUUUAUACAUUUCAUGACGCUUCUGCACUAUAAUUACUUCUAAGUUAAAAUAUGAGUAUAGUUUAAAUAUCUAGGCAUUUAGAAUAUAUUAGAUGCAUUUUUGUUAGAUCUUACCAAUGAAGACAAAUCAAAUAAAGCUGAAAAGCAGACCUGCUGGAACAAUAUCUUAAAUGUGAAAGUACAGUAUCUAGCGCUAGUAGUCGGUUAGAGGGUUACUAGCUAGAUUUGUAUAUUUAUUUAUACAGAGCAGGACACAAAAAGAUACAUUUUCGUCCUCAAGUGCCCCGGGCCUGUGUCCUCUUUCAGUUCCUGGAAAGAAAUCUUACUUUAAUUGGACAGUGAUCUACCUUUAAGGAUCAUCAAUUAUGUUCAGUCUUGCUAAAGAUUCUCAGAACUGUAAUGUAAAGCAACUCCUGAAUGCGAAUCUUUAUUUUCAGCUGGAGUAGGCAUGGGAUUUAAUACUGGAGUUGGGAUAUCAAUAUACCAUUUCCCAUAAUUUCUGUUGAAGUGGUCAUCAUGGAUGUCUUCUUAGGAUUUCAGGAGGAACAAUGGUGGUUCUCUGCUGGGCUGUAUAUCAAAUGAGGGAAAGCAAUUACCGGCAAUAUCUUAGAAACACUUAUACCAUCAUACCCUCCGUUGGAAAUUAUAUUUACUCUUCAAUUGUUUAUAGUGCAUUAUUAUAUAUUGUUGCUCAGGUAUUUAGUUAUGUGUUUGCAAUGUACAUGUUUAUAGCUACCUUUGUUAAAGUGCUACCUUUGUUAAAGUGCUACCCCAAUUAAAGUUAUAUUUAAAUCUGUGAUGGCUGCAAAACUCAUGAUCACUUCACCAAGGCUUUUCUGACGUAACCCGACUUGUAUACCAGGAUUUGUCAACAUCAUGGUUUUGAGCCUCAUUUCCUGAAUCGUAACAAAUAAUAAUCAGGCUGUCA